AUGCGGGGUGGCGCAGUCCACGACUUCCGGCCGGUCUUCGGGUCUGGCGGCGCAGGGCCGCACGCCCACGCGGGCCCAGGCGUCUCCGUCAACUGCGGCAGACAGCUGAGACUCACGAUCAACUCGGGAGAGUUUCUCACGCAAGUCCCUCCGGAGCUGCCUUGUGAAGCAGUUGGACAGCUCAAGGAGCUCGUGAGGUCUCAGAUCCGGACCUGGGUCCACUUCCCCCUCUUCCGCCAUAUCGUGAAUGUGAACUGCGCGGCUGCAUUCUCGUAUCCGUUCUUCACGGACCCGAGUUCGGAGAAAUCCGCGCAGCUGAACCGGCAGUUCCACGGUCAGCGGCCGCGGGAAGGAGCCUCGCGCCUCGCUAGGGACGGCGAGGCGGCGUGCCGGUGCACAGCAGCAGGCGUAGGAUCCCGAGCGGCCUCUGGAGGCGAGAGCAGAGAAGGAUGGGGGGCGGCGCGUGCGGAUGGGGAGGAGGCGCGGGGAGGCCGCGGAGAAAGAGGCGCCGGCGAGUGCGGCUUGGAAACCGACAUCUGGCCUGAGCCCCGGGGCAAGCCUGGAAGCAGUGGCUGCAGCAGUUUGCAGGCGGUCGCGGGUUGGCAAGGGAGAGACAAGCGUAUGGAGGGCGCUCCGUGGAGCCCGGAGGCGGCCGAGGAGGAGGAGGCGCUUUCGCUGGGGUCGUCGCAGGAGUGGAAGGGGCAGUGUGGACGAAGCCGAGGCGAGAGGACCCAGUCUUUCGCGAGUGACCUGACGGCGCCUGGAGAGAAGCGACAAGACUCGACGCGAGCGCGAGGCACGCCCGAGUCUGACUCGCCUACUGCGUCGCCGUCAUCGAGCUGUUCUUCGUCUGCCUUCAAGCAGUACGGCGGAGAAAGUGGAGAUGACGCGCACAGCAGCGGAACCGAGUUCGCACUCCAAUCGCAAAGCCACCCAUUCGCGAAUUCCAACGCCUUUUUUGUGCCCUCCGACCCUGCGACGUUCCUCUCCCCCCAGGACGCGGGGCCGAACCCCCCCUCCCACGCGCCGGCGGUCUUCCCCGAGGCGACCCCCGGGGACGCGUCCCGGCCGUGGCACGAGGACAGAGACGCGCGAGAGGCACCCGCGCGGAGGAGUGAGCACUCCCCACCGCUGUCCAGGUCGUCCUCGACCAAGUUCGGCAGUCAGUCUCCCGGGGCCUACCACACGCACAUGUUCGCCCCUGCCGUAUUCUCGUCCCUCAGCGGAGGAGCCUCUUCGUCGUGGUGCUGCCGAGCCGCGCUCGCGUCGUGUGCAGAGGACCGAGAAAACUCCCUCGCCUUCUGGAAGUCGUCCUCGCCCGCCUCCAAGCUGCAAGUUCUCCGGUGCAUGCUAGCGGACACUGCUGCGGCGACGAUUCAGCGAGUGGUGCGCGGGCACUUGGGGCGGCUUAGAAUGGAGAAGCUGCUCGCCGAGCGAAGGGAGUUCCUUCGUCUCAGCCGAGCGGCCACGGUCAUCCAGGCAGGCUGGAGGCGCGUGAAGGCCCAGGAGGCGUUCCUCGUUCUCCACUUCGCGGCGAUAUUUGCCCGAGAGCGGCAGGAGGCCGCCGUCAAGAUUCAGGCCUUCUGGAAAAUGAGGAUUCAGCGCGACAAAUAUCGCACCAUGCACCUGGUGGAGUGUCUGUCGGCCUUGCGGCGGCUGGCAGCCAUUGAGCUCCAGCGCGUGUGGCGAGGAAGAGUCACGCGCAAAGUCCUCGACGACGAGUGGCAGAAAUGGAUCAUCAAGUGGCCGUGGGACAAGCCUGGCACGAUCGUCGAGGUUGUGGGCGACUUCUCUAACCCUCCGUGGACGAAGCGAUAUCUCAUGACAUACUGCUACGUGCGGAGAUGCUUCAUUCUUCCCCUGCCACGCAAGCCAGGGCGCUACGAAGUGAAAUUCAUCGUGGACGGCCGCUACGUGUGCGACGGCAGUCAGACUGUUGUGGCGGACGGCAACGGACAUUUCAACAACCUGAUUCGCGUCAGACCGUCGACAAAGUCGCCGUUCCGCGAGCUUCGCGACCGGCUUCAGCAGCUCCAGGAGCAGAGUCAAGAGAUGUACUUCAGGUCUGCCUCCUCCCCACUGUGCGUCGCGGCUCGCCCAGGAGGAAGUUUCCACGGCUUGGAGGGCCUCACGUUGGCGCCGGGCACGAGUCUCGCGGAAGAAGGCAUUGCGGAGGCUGCCGAGUCUCCGCGGGCAGACGACUGGAAGAAUGGAGCGGAACGCUGCAGCGAGCACGCGUCGAGUGGAGACGAAAACAUUGAAAAGCAAGCGCCGCAUGCGACUGUCCCCCCCACGCAGGCUUUGGACCCGACCCCCUAUGCCGAAGGGAGCCGCGAUGCAUGGAAUGCGGUCAUCUCUCCCGGCAGCCUCUCGGAACGCGAGGCUGGCCGCUUCGGCGGCUCUACCCAGCCUCACUUCGGGCACGACGCGGGGGGAAGAGCAGAGGGACAGUCGUCUCUCAAAGAUGAAUCACUUAUGCCGGAAUCGCUGAACGACCCCGGGAGUUCGUGGCCUGCAGCUGAGCGAGAUGGUGCUCGGCGAGGAAGCCCAGACGGGGGCGGUAGCGGCGAGUCUGACCGAGGAACGCGGGCUGGUCAACGGGCACCUGUGUCUGACGAAUCAGAACGCGACAGCCGCGAACGAAACUUAUUCGCGGGCACGGAGCACUGCAUAAGCACGAGCGCCGCUGCGGCCUCGCCACCAUCCGAGAAGCAAGAAAGGACGAGACAAGCGUCUGAUAGCGCAGAAGAAACUGACAGGUCCCCCGGGCGAGGGGAAGCCAACGAGCGAAGCGCAGAGUUGCGUAGUGCCUCUAAAGCAACUGCAGACAGGGACUUGCUGAACACAGCUCCACGGCGCGACGGAGACGAGGAUGCGGACGGCGGGGACGAAUCAGGGUUGAGCAGCGGACGUGGCACAGGCAGCGGAAGGGCUUGCGUAGACGUGGCAGAUGGAGGAGGGCGCGGAAGCGGCUGCUCUUCGGGCGUGGAUUGUGUCCAGCGCGACACGGCUUUGCAGGUGCAUCACACAGAAGAUUCUGGAGGCGUAAGUCCAGCCGGAGUAGCACAGAUCGAGUCUUCGUCUGUGGAGAGUGUGGAGAGGAGAGUAGUGGGCGCGGCCUCUUCAAGCGAGGACAAUGAGGAAACAACGAGCCAGGCAAGGGGCGAGGGAGACCAGACGCAACGGGCACUCGCCAGUCUGUCUCGGGGGUGCGCGGACGACCAGGGAGCAAGCAGAGGUUCAAAUCGAUCUGACAGCAGGGGAGGGACCCACGUGUCGACGGGAGAAAGUAGCUCGAGUCCGAGCCACGAUCGAGGAGGGACUGUCGCGACGGAGAACGACCGAGACAUUAAAGGACAACAGCAGUCGGUCAAGAGAGGGGGAAUCCAGAGAGGACAGAAGGGUCAGUGUCCAGCCGCAGCCGUUACGGCUGAGGAAGGUAAUUCAAGGUCGACAGGAGACGUCGGACAAGCAGAAGUGGUGUGUAACAAGCCGGGGACAGCUGCACAGCGAGAGACGACAGCGCCUUCCGCGACACAGUCAAGCUCUGAGAGAGAUGCGGCGCGGGCACCGGCGUUGAUGCUGACCUCAGAUAUUUCAGCAGAGGCAUCAAGCGGAGGUGAAGGCCCCGGGAACGGCGACGCUGGCGGAGCUAGUCGAAGAGGAGGCAGAGGAAGGAAGCGACGUUCCAAGAAAAAGCCUGGAAAUGCCGGAGGCCGCGCCUGA